AUGCGCUCGCACGCGACGGCGCCGGCGCGCCUCAGCGCGCGGGGCGCCCUCGGCUCGUCCGGGCAACUGUCGAAAACGCGGGCCGCCACGCGAAACGCGCGUCGCGCCGUGACUCGCGCCGCGGGGGCGCCCGCCGCGAGCGCCGAGAAGCGAACGGCGACCAACGCGCUCACCAAGAAGGAUCUCGUGGCCUACCUCGAGUCCGGCUGCAAGCCCAAAUCCCAGAUCGGCACCGAGCACGAGAAGUUCGGGUACCAGCUCGCGAACCUCCGCCCCAUGGAGUACGACGCGCACGUCGCCAAGCUCCUUCACGCCCUGGUGGACAGGUUCGACUGGGAGCCAAUCACGGAAUCCGGCAACAUCAUCGGGUGCAAGCUCAACGGCCAGAGCGUCACGCUCGAGCCCGGCGGCCAGUUCGAGCUCUCCGGCGCGCCCCUCGCCAACCUGCACCAGACCUGCGCCGAGGUCCACUCGCACCUCUACCAGGUCAAGACGGUCGCCAAAGAGAUUGGCGUGUCGUUCCUCGGGCUCGGGUUCCAACCCAAGUGGUCCGUCGCCGAUACCCCCGUGAUGCCCAAGGGCCGAUACAAGAUCAUGAAAGAGUACAUGCCCAAGCGGGGUAACAAGGGACUGGACAUGAUGUUCCGGACGUGCACCAUCCAGGUCAACCUGGAUUUCGAGUCCGAGGAGGACAUGGUGCGAAAGUUUCGAACCAGCCUGGCGCUCCAACCAAUCGCCACCGCGCUCUUUGCCAACUCGCCCUUUUGCGACGGCAAGCCGAGCGGGCAGAAAUCCUUACGCUCGGACGUGUGGACGGACACUGACCCGGACCGUACCGGGUCCCUGCAGUGGGUCUUCGAGGACGACUUCGGCUUCGACAGGUACGCCGAGUACGUGCUGGACGUGCCCAUGUACUUUGUCUACCGCGACGGGGUGUACCACGACGUGACGGGCGAAUCUUUUCGGGCAUUCAUGCGCGGGGAGCUCCCGCAGUUCCCCGGCGAGUACCCCACUUUGGACGACUGGGAGCAGCACCUCACGACGUGCUUCCCCGAGGUGCGCCUGAAGCGGUACAUGGAGAUGCGCGGCGCGGACGGAGGGCCGUGGGGGAACAUUUGCGCGCUCCCCGCGGUGUGGGUAGGUUUGCUCUACGAUGAAACCGCGCUGGCGAACGCAGAGGCGCUCGUGGCGGACUGGACGCCGGAGGAGCGCGAGUACCUGCGCGUGGCGGUGACGAAGGACGGGCUUCAGACGAAGUUCCGGGACGGUACGGUGCAGGACAUCGCGGUGGAGAUGGUGCGAAUCUCGAAGGAGGGUUUGACUCGGCGGGGGUGCAACGAGGAAAACUUCGUGGACGGCUUGAUGGAGAUGGCGACGAGCGGACAGACGCAGGCGGACAAGCUGCUGGACGCGUACGUGAACAAGUGGGGCAUGGACAUCGACAGGGUGUACAACGAGCUCUCCUACUGA